CGCUAAUCGCCCUGCAGCCGCAAUCGCAAUUUUAUCCCCGUCAGCCACUGCAACCCACCUAAUACGACCUGCACACGACCUCUGUACGACCCCACUUGACGCACGACCACAAAAAUGUUCUUCCUCCCCCACGCACAUCAUCAUUGGCUGUAUGUAUGGAUCCCGCUCUUUGGCGCAUUCAUGUGGUUUGCCACACUAUGGGCACUCCUCAUCACAUGGCUUGCUAGUGGCAGACCACACUAUGUCUCGCAGGAUGGCAACAUAGCCUACAUCUCGGACGUCGGCGCAGACAUCCUGAAGCCGUUGUUCAUCGUCGGAUGUGUUAUCACCGGACUCUCGUUCUUCCUUUCGUCUGCUAUCGAGAGAACGCUUCGGCACCAGGGCCGGCUUGUCGCGAAUAUGCGCCGCCGAGAGCGCGUUCUCGCCUCGCUAGCCGUGUUUUUCGCCUUCGUCGGGAUGUGUGGGCUCAUCCUGCUCUCCAUCUUUGACACGAAGCGCUUCACGAAACAACACCGUGUUUUCCUUCUCGUCUUCAUUGUCGGCGUCGGAAUGAGUGCUAUUUUCACCGUGAUAGAGUACCGCUGGCUCAGCCGCGACUUUGUGGAGCUCCGGAAACUCAAAACUCUGUACAUCGUGAAGGGCACCAUUGCGGCGAUCCUGAUCCUCCUAGCGAUUGCGUUCGCCAUUGCCCUCUUCGAAGCCACGGACCCCGGAGCUAUCCUGGAGUGGACGAUCUCAUUCGGGUUCACCUUCUACCUCCUCACCUUCUUCUUCGACCUGCGCAUGUCCAAGGGCGUGCACAAGGGCGAGCUCUCGCGCGAGCGGCUCCUCGCGAUGCAGCAGAACGGGCAGAGCAUCGCGGCCGCGCGCGAGGCGAACCAGGGCGACGGCGCAAUGCCGAGCGGCCACCCCGACCAGGUCCAUGGCUAUGGUAAUGGCAACGGUGUAGGGACGAACGGCUACGCGCCAGGGACGGCUGGUGUCAACGGCGAGGCGCAGAUGAGCCAUGCUAAUGGACCGGUUACGUUUGGCAGCGGCAACGCACCCGUAGUGUAUCCCGCGAACGCCCAUGCUGCGAACAGGGCGAGCGUCGGAUAUCCGUAGGUCGGUAGAUGACCAAAGGGCGCGAACAUUGGCCGGUCAGCUUCCCAUACAAUAUCUUCUUGAACAUAUUACUGUAGCAAGUAACUGUUGUGUAUACCAUACCGUGACCCGUGUUAUCGAUGCAUAAUACUCC